CAAUAUUGGAAGGUAUAUUACCCCAGAGAUCGAUUAUUUGCAAGAUUGUAGCUGACGGACUCUCAAAGAUGUUGAGCUACUUUGGUGAAUCUUCUCUUAUAUUGACCGCGGCUUUGCUUCUUGUCUGCAUUUUAGCGAUGGCUAUCUUUCUAGGUUGGAAAAGUAAAUCGUCACCGUAUCCAGUCCCUAAGGGCGUGGUGGUGCUGUACCAGAUCGGGAGGGGGCCCUAUUGUCCAAGUGUCUCACCCUUCCCCCUCAAGCUGGAGACGUUCCUCAGGAUCAAUAAAAUACCUUACAUGAACAUUCACUCAAGCCGAUUCUCCAAGAAAGGCAAAACUCCAUGGAUCGAGUAUAACGGCCAAGCCAUAGCAGAUUCCCAGUUUUGUAUCGACUUCCUGUCACGUGAGCGCGGUAUCGACAUGGACAGUCACCUGUCAUCGGGGGACAAGUCCAUUUCGCGGGCCUUUCAAAAGAUGGGCGAGGAAAACUUGUACUGGUCCAUGUGCUACGAGAUGUUUGCCGUCCCCGACAAGACCCGUAUCGCGGAGGUGAUGCCCCAGUAUCGGGGCUUCAAGCUAUGGGCCUUCACCACCAUGUUCACCCGCAUCAUCAAGAAGGAACUCUACUACCAGGGCAUCGGUCGUCAUAGCGACGAAGAGAUUUGGACCAUCGGGAAGGCUGAUCUUCAAGCCAUAUCCACAUUUCUAGGUGACAAAAAGUUCUUCAUGGGAGACCGCCCCAGCCAAAUAGACUGCGCCAUGUUUGGGAUGCUAGCUCAAGUACUCUGGCAUAUGCCCAGAACCCGCCAUGAAAAAUUCGCGCACGAUCGCCUGCACAAUAUUGAAGGCUACUGUGAGCGGAUGAAGGACCUCUGCUGGCCAGACUGGGAUCAACUCUGCCUGAAGAACCCAGCCUACCAGGACGACAACUACAAGACGUACAGCAGUGAGUGAUCUGCCCUUGAAACAGGACCAAGGUCAAGGUCACCGUACAGAUAUUACACUGCCGUAGGAUAGAAUCAAAUCUCGAAAUCAUGAGGAGGCAUCGAUUUAAUGAGACCUCAUGAGAAUCCUUUGAUUUCAGAAGUAAACUCAACGGGUCACGAUUGAACAGAUUCGAUCGAUUUUUGUGUGAUGGCAUGACGCCAUUAUGAUUGUUUAAAACCUGGGCCUAGAUUUUCGAAGCUCUCUUAGCGCUAAGAUAGUCGUAAGUGCCAUACAUUAACAUUAACUUACGACUGUCUUAGUACUAAGAGAGCUUCGAAAAUCUAGACCCUGGAGUCCAUUUAUAAGAUGGCGUGACGCCAUUAUGAUUGUUUAAAACCUGGAGUCCAUUACAAAUACAUGGUUAUAUUUGAAAGCUAUUUUUGUAAACUUUACAUUUUUUCGAUUUAGAUAUACUGAUGAGCAGAAGUAGGGGAACAUGCACUGGAAGAGUUGAUGUUCUUAUUACAUGUACUUCAUAUUAACGAUGUCAUUUCUUUCGAUGAUACUCUUAUCGACUUCAGAGCACGUUUCUUGUUCUUGUUCCGUGUCUUUGACCCAUCGGUAUGUUUCUGUUUGUCAUGUAAUACUUUGAUGUGACGAACAUGUUGUCUCGGAGUAACAACUUGGUCCAUAUUCCAUAUUUGGUCGUUUUGUGGCUGUAUCGAAUCUCUGAUAACUCGAAGUAUGUGCCUAGGUCCCUUCAACUUCGACACAGGGGUGUUUGACUGCAUUCUGUAGGAACAAAUAAGGUCUACCGCAUGUGUUCAACACAUUUUUAGCAAAUCGGUUCAAUUCUAAUGGCCUGAAUGCAUUUGACCUAGUAAGAAUCGAGGAACUGAAAUUAUAUGGAUGUAUAUUAGCAGUCAACAUUGUAACCUCACCUUACUUGUUUAAGUCAACAAACAUUUUACGACAUAACAUUGUUUUCAUGUUAAAAGAGCAUAAUUCCUUAAGCAUGAAAUUUCACAACUGAAAUUUUGAGCUGAAAGUAAUCAACAUAUUUUGAUAUGGCAUUUAUCGAAAUGCAUUGAUCUUGUUUUCGUUUUGAAAAUUUACUUUUUACUUUUUGAUUUAGGUUUUGAAUUGUAUAUGUUUGUAGUUUAAAGACGAGGUUGAUAAUCAUGUAUUUUUGUAAAGUGAGUUUUAUUGCAGAUGUUUGUUUUAUUUUGUAUCUGUAUUUUAAACAAUGUACAUCAUUCGUUUAUGAAAUGAAUAUCGCGAUGUUUUUUCCUUUCAUUAUCUCAUAGCAAAGUCAGUUUUACUCACUUUGUAUUCAUAUUUGAGAUGGUAAAAUUUCUCGACACACAUUGAUUGUAUUAAAAUUGAUUUCAUUCCCGCAGUGCGGAGUCGUCACAAGAUCAAACGUACAGUUACUCAGCUUUUAGCUACUUGUCAAUAGCCUACAUCCCGCGAGACAUCCCGAGAUUCUAACUGUUGCCAAUCACGUGACGCAGGACACGCUAUCUUCCAUUUUGUAAAAGACGCUGGAACUAGACUCACUGCAACCCUUGUCUGUCAGUAAUCAGCUGUUCAAAGGGAAAUCAGCCUAUAUAUACUUUGUUACCAUGAUGUUCUCGAAAUGACCCUUGAAAGGAGCCAUAGCUUUCUUGACAUCAUGAACAUGUCAUGUCGUUGACAUCACACAGUCAUCGAGUCUAAGCAUCCGAUCCCGUUUAUCGCCUUUUCACAACCAUAAUCACUCUUUCAGAAUACGUUGUUCACUGUUUGACUAUGGUUUAAUUUGAAUCUUAAAUCGUUUUUUCACUUGAGACUUUAACAUCUGCGUUGAAAUUUAUGGACGAUAUGAAUGACAGCCUUUUUGUAAAAUGGCAAGGAUUUCAGUAGGUUAUGGAAAGUGGUUGUCAAGACUACAGUCUAUCUGGUUAUCUGAAGACUGAUAAAAAUAUAAUUACAUGCAUAUUAAUGUCCCUUUCAAAGAAGUUAAACCUUUUGAGCAUGUUACAAACAUAACAAUUCUUACCUGUAUGUUUUAAUUAAUCAUUAAGCAUGAUAUAAUAAAAUCACACUGCAUUUUAAAAUUGUGCAUACAAGGUAAGCUUCGUUAUCUUUGGUUAUAUAUAUUUAGAUUGCAAAGCGUUGUUUGAUAACGUCACCUUUAUAUCAUGUGUUUUACCCCGACACCAUCAAUUCCAUACUCUCUCCCUUACUGCACUGCAGUGUGCGUUUACACCCUAAAUCACUUCAUACUUUCUUGGAGUAUAUAUUAUAUAAAUAUUUGUUUCACUGCGAUGCUUUUAAAAUAUUCAUCUGUGUCAUAACAUGUUUUGGUGCACAGGCACAUUCAUACUGAAGUAUGUUCAACAACAAAUAACCUCAAGCUAUUUUUCAAUAGUCAAAUCGUUUUAAUCAAUCGUCAUUCUUUACAUUAUCCUUUUGUACAGUUUGUAAUUUUCAUUGAAGAGUUGCUUCCCUUUGGAGUCAGGAUAAGAAGGUCGUCCAUGAUCUUCAGCAGGUGUAUGCAUUCCAUUGUUACAGAUUUCAAUCAACUCAACUGCAAAGUGUGUUUGUUGUCUUCCAAAGGAAACAUGUUCUUUUUAAUGGUUGUUAUCAGUAUUGCAAUUUACAAAGAAAUGUUGUGUGCAUAAUAAGAUUUCUCUUUUUUUGUAUCUCACUAAUGGCAUGUUUCAUGGUUGUUGUAUAGAAUAAGCCAUAAACCCUUUUCUUUGGUAUCUCAUGGAUGGCCAUGUAGACAUCCAUGAACAUCUCGCUGUGUGUGGAAUAUAUAUUUUUGUCAGCAUUUGUUUGAGAUAUCCGUUUUCCCGAAUGGCCAUUUUUUUCACUAUCCCUUUUUAAAAAACUAAACAAUGUGUUGAAUUGAAAGAAA